UAAUAAAUGAAUUUGUUAAUUAAAUAAUAAAUGAAAGAAGAUAGAUAGAUAGCAUAGGAUUUGUUAUUAAUUAUAUAAUAAAUAAGUAUAAAUACUGUAAAAUUAAAUUUUUUGUUUGUAAAUAAAAGAGAAAGAAGGAUAAAUUAGAAAAAAAACAAAAUUAAAAGGAAAUAUAUAUAAUAUAUAUUGUAAGAUUAGUACAAAAAGGUUUACAUUUUAAAAAGGACAACAAGCGGAUUUUCAAAGAUUUAAAUUAGCAUUGCCAAUUAAUUUUAUAAAAUGAGUUCAGAUUCAUAAAAUAAAAAGAUUAACACUCUUUUCAUAGGUUUGGGAGUCCAUCCUUAUGAUAAGCUUCUCUCAGUUAUUGAUAAUCCUCUUACUUAUGAAACGCUGAUAAAGCAUAAAUUUGAUAGAAUAAUCUUUCAAUGCCCACACAAGGAUUAUUUUAAACCUUUGUUCCAUAAGCCUUAUGAAAAUCAAAUAAAAGUAGAAAUUUAUGGCAGUGAAUUUCCCUCUGAUCUUUACUUAUACAAGAGUGAUGUAGCUAUAACCAGUUGUGAUGUUGGAGUUCUGUUGGAAAGUCAUUUAGUAAAAAUAAAUUUGAUAGUAGUUAUUGAAGAUACAAACUCGAUUAGUUAUGAAAUAUUUACAAAUUUAAAGGAAAAGCCUAAUGUUUUGGGCAUCAAGGGAGCAGAAAUAAUUACAAGCGAAUUAUUGGACUAAUACCUCACAAUCAAGAGAGAUAUCUAAGAAGUCUUAAAAGGAGGACAUAAAAUUCCAGGAGAAGAAUACAAGCCCAAAAGGUCAGAUGAAAAAUUCUAAAGAUAGUUGAUGUUGCUCAAACAAAGUUUGAAUGAGUAGAAUGAAAGAUACAAAAAUUAAGAAAGACAUUUUGCAACAGAACAUGAAAUAUUUAAAAAUAAUUUUUAGCUACAUUUGGAAUAUUUAACUUUUGCAUUUGAUAGCAAAAAGUUGAAUCUUAAUUUAGUUAGACAUCCUCAAUUCUAGCAUUUAGAACCACUAUUAAAGAAAUCUGAUAUUUUUGCAUUUUAAAGAGAGAUAUUUAACGAUAUUAAAAUAGAAGACGAAGGUUUAGAUUUUGUAGAUGAUGAUGACUCUAUCAACAAUCAAUGCAACGGACACGUAAAUGGAAUUUAAAAAAAAUAAAAGUCUAGACCUUUUAGAAGUGAUGGGGAAGGUAAUGAAAACGGUGAAGAAGAUAAUGAUGAUGCAAAAAGCAAUAAUUCCUUCGAUUCAUUCAAUUCUAAUUAAGUUGAUAAUAAAAGAAAAGCUUAGAGAAAGAAAAGCGGGUCUAAUAAAAAUGAAGCCAAUGAAUACACUUAGCCUAAGGCUGAUGAAAAUGAAGAAGACUAUUUUUCAAGAAUUAAGAAAAAUUACAAUCCUUACUUCUACUUAGAAAAUUAAAAUCUAUUUGAUGAAGAAGAUUUAGAAGAAGAACUUAAAGAAUCUGAAGGAAGUGGAAACUAAACAUCAGAAAAUGAUGCAAUUAAAAAAAAUGUAAAUAAACUUAGCAAAACAAUCAAGAAGUAGAAGUAGAGCUAUUUAUAAAAAGUUUCUAAGAAUAAAAAGCUCUUUAACUUAGACUAUUCUCAAAUAGAUCCCUAGGUAAUCUUGAGAAGCUAAGACCCUCAAAGAGCGUAGGAAGUUCACAUUAAGAAAAUAGAAAGAACUAACAAUGAGCUUGAUGAAUUAAUGAGCUCUAUUGAGAAAAAGGAGGUAGUCUAAAUGAUAAAAGAUGAAUAUGAAACUAAGAUUAUCAAAGGUAGCUAUCGCAUUUGUAAUUGCCCAUAUUGCAAACGUUUAAUGGUGCCCUUCCUUGUUAGAAAAGACUUUGAAGAUUGCCAUUAAGAAAUAAAUGAUAUGGUGCUUUAAAAGCACAAAGUUUACUUUGAAAAAGUAAAGCAGCGCUAUUAAAUAAACGAUAUUAAUAUUGAAUAAAUAAACAAUAUUUUCUUCAGAGAAUAUAAGACUAACUAUAUUUCAGUAAAAAUCUUUCCCGAAAAGUAAGAUUAGCAAGAAGACUCUUCUAGUGAAGAUAACAAUGAUAGUCCAAUUAAAAGCAGAACUAAUAUAAGCGUUCGCUCAAGAAAAGGAAUAAAGAACUCAUCUAACAAUUUACGUAAAAUUGAAGCAGAAGAAGCAAACGAUAUAGAUGAAGAAGAUGGAGAAGAAGAUUAUGAAAUGAAUGGAUAAAUGAUUGUAGAGUGAUUAAACUGAGAAUAAAUAAAUAAAUGGACUACAGAUAAAAAAAUAUAUCAAAAUAUAAAUAAAUUCAUCAACUAAUCAAUAUAAGUUCUCAUCAAGCAAGCAAGAAUUCCACCUUUUUUUAAAAAAUAAAUAUAUAAAUGUGAAUCUUUUUCUUAGAUAAAACUACUAAGGUCUUUUGUAAAUACUCUAUUAAACUAGAGCAAACUAAUUAGUUAUUCUCACUCAGCUUAAAAAGAGAAAAAGAUUAUUAUUAUUAUUUAAUUAUGAAGCUAUCAAACUAUUUAGAAAUUAAUAGCUAUAAAUAUUCUCUUACAUCUUUUUAACAAACACAUUUUCUAUAAUCAUACAUAAAUAAUACAUAAAUUUAUUGAUAUAUACAUACAUACCGAAGCUUAAUACAAAGCAAACAACAAAACACCAUACAAAACAAUAACACAUAAAACAAAAAUAAAUAGCCAUUAAUUUAUCAUUUAUCUUUUAAGUCUAUAAUAUUUCUUCAUAUCAUAUUCUUUAGUAUUUAUUAAUUUAUCUUUAAGUCACUUAUAUUUUAAAGCUCUUUAUAUACUUACUUA